AUGGCACGUUCCAAACUGAUCCGCGCGCCGACAACGGCUAGUUUGCCAAACAAUCUCCGCAUCCCCUCGACAACACCUUCCCUCGCCAAAUCGCUAGGCAGACAUUCGCGGCAAGCCCUCGUCGAUCUCGCAUUGACAUGGCUAGACGAUGAAAAUCUCACGUCUUUCCCACCUUAUCUCCAAUCGGAUGCCCGUCGCGACAAUAGCAACGACGAGGCUCUUCCGUACCCCGCGGCCGAAACAAUCGAAGAUGUACGUCAAGUGUACGUCGACUUUGGGGAUCGCAAGGGAGGAAAGCGUGAAGUUCUCGAACGGAUUCUUGAGGGCGACUGGCGGCACGGUAUCACCUUGCGCCAACUCGCAAUGGCUGACUUGCGGUACAUGGACGAUCACCCGUCCAGCCUGCGAUGGACGGCGCUCGAACUGAGCCGCAUCGACGCGCGACAGCACAAGCCAAACGAUGCUUCCUUGACCGAGUGGUCAACCAGUAUUCCACGCACUCAGGUCGCAACUUUUGUCAAAGCGCUCCAGCAAGAAAUCUCACCGCUAGUCAAGGCGCAUUAUCAUCUUUCUCGCUCAUCCACGCUUCCACUCACCAUUCUGCGCAUCUUUGUUCUCGAUACGCCGUACCAGAGUCCGCGACAAUCAUCGGAGAUUUUCGCUGACUCCUCUCGAAUCGUUUAUGUCGCAUUCCCAGAUAGCUGUCCAUUUGUCUAUACCUCAAUGUCUACGUCGCCAGGCUCAAAAGCGACCCCGUCAAGUAAUUCCGUCGCCACAGACUCUCGCACCUUACAGCGCCUUGUCCGUGAUGCAGUGCCAAAGGCCUUAUCUCGGCCACACGAAAGAUAUACGUUGAAGGCCACCGCGCUGGCGGCUAAGAAUCUGCCCACUUUGCUGGCGCUGCGUGGAGCAGGGCGAACGACCGCGGCCCACGGGGCGUUUAGUAUUUUCGCUGAUGCAGCAGUUGAGGGCAGCCCCUUGGACCCUCGGCCGUCAACCACUGUCUCCGCUGAGGAAUACAUACGCACGGGUGAGAAUGUCUUCUUGGUCGAUGACAAAGAGAAUGAAGACAUCAACUCGACUUCGAAAUCAAUACCCAAGCGAGAUAUUGGCCCUGAAGAAGGCCAUCAAUUGUCCCCGGCCUCCAAAAAACGAAGACUGGCCACUCUAUUACGAUUCGGCAGUUCAGAAAGCUCAUUGACCCCUGCUCCUCUGGACCGAGUCGAUAUCCGCUUACUGGACCCACCUUCGACCGCGAAGGAUCAAGACGACGAUCACACGACCAAUCCAGCGGGCUCUUCAUCUUCACCAACUGUCUCACUGACUUUUACGGGAUCCGAUGUAAUAGGGGGAUUCCGUCAACUAGCCGAAUUGGGUAUCGUCGAUCCUGACAAGAUGCCAUCCUGGAUGACGGGGGAAGAGGCCGUCAGCACGGCGGUCGUGAAACGCGGAAGACGGCUUCGGAGCUCCGUAUAG